UCUCCAUUAGACCUAAAACACAAUGGGGUUGUUCAAAAACACAUUGUUCCUCGUUUGUGUCAUGAUAUUAGCCAUUAUUCACUCUUGUGUUGCCCAAAACUCACCUCAAGACUAUCUUUCGAUUCACAACUAUGCCCGCGACCAAGUCGGGGUCGUACCUAUGUCUUGGGAUGCCGGCUUGGAAACCAAAGCACAAAACUACGCUAACUCAAGAAGGGGUGAUUGCAACUUGAUUCAUUCUGGUCCAGGGGAGAACCUUGCCAAGGGAAGUGGCGACUUUACGGGGAGGCGUGCCGUGCAAUUAUGGGUGGCGGAGAAGUCUGACUACAAUUAUGCUUCCAACCAAUGCAAUGGUGGGAAAAUGUGCGGACACUAUACUCAAGUUGUCUGGCGUAGCUCAGUCCGAUUAGGUUGUGGUCGGGCCCGUUGCAACAAUGGGUGGUGGUUCAUUUGUUGCAACUAUGCUCCUCCAGGAAACUAUAUCGGACAACGUCCUUAUUAAAAGUGUGUUGACUUAUGAUCGACAUAUGGUUGCUAUAUAUUUUAGUACUUAAUAAAAUUUCUAUCUUUGAUGUCAAGGGGUUGGAUAGACUCCUACGUAAGAUGUUAAAGGAUUAGAUAGUCUUGUAUAACUGUGAUUUCCCCUUGAUAUUACAAGUAUGAAUAAUUCCAUGUACCAUAUUUUCAUGGUAUGGUGGGCAUGGUACGUAUUGAAAAUUUUAGUUUGAUAAUUUUGGUUUCUAUAAAUAUUGUAUCAUUAUCAUAUAAAGUAAUUUGGUAUGAUUUAGUAUUUUAAAGUUUGGUUUUGGUAGUU